UUUUAUCCAUUAUAUCUAUCUAUCCAUCUCUUGCUUUCUCUCGCACUUUCCGACCACCGCUCGUUUCUCCGAUCGACGCCGCCAAGAUGAAUGUAGAAAAGCUAAUGAAGAUGGCUGGUGCUGUUCGCACUGGUGGGAAGGGUAGUGUCAGAAGAAAGAAGAAGGCUGUGCAUAAAACAACCACUACAGACGACAAAAGGCUGCAAAGCACUUUGAAAAGAAUAGGGGUAAAUGCAAUCCCACAAAUUGAGGAAGUUAACAUUUUUAAGGAUGAGACAGUUAUCCAGUUUUUGAACCCCAAAGUUCAAGCCUCCAUUGCUGCCAACACUUGGGUCGUUAGUGGUUCUCCCCAAACAAAGAAAUUGCAGGACAUUCUCCCGGGCAUUCUCAACCAGUUAGGGCCCGAUAACUUGGAUAACUUGAGAAAGUUAGCCGAGCAGUUCCAGAAACAGACACCAGGUGCCGGUGAAGGUACGGCUGCUAAAACAGCCGAAGAGGAUGACGAUGAAGUCCCAGAACUUGUGGCAGGCGAAACUUUUGAAGCUGCUGCGGCCGAGGAAGAACCAAAGUCAUAGGGACUUUUCAAAUGGACCAGGUUACUGUUUUCAUUUGCAGCACUACAUGUUCUUUUCUCUUUAAAAAAAGAAACAAAUAGGAACAUUUAAGAUGAUUUGGUCCUUCUUUUUGCUUUUAAAUCCGAAAACACCUCCCAUCCAACCAUAUCAGGUUGCUCUUGAGUUCUCUUUUUAUUUGCAGUUUGUAUCAUGAAGUAUUUAGUCCUACAAAACAGUUGCAGUGCUGAAAAAGUCAUUUUGUGCUAAA